GCGGAGCUGGAACCACCGCAGGUUCCUCCCCAGGAGCAGAAGGGCUGAGACUGCAGCGCCUGAGCCGCGGUAGGAGAAGCAGGGUACUGAGAUGUCGGAGCAAGGAGGACAGCGGGACGUCAGCCCCACCAGGGCGCCUAAAAAACACACCACUUUUAACAUCUGGCGGAUCAAGAAGAAGCACCAGCACCCUGCGGACUAUGCGGUCUUCGUUCCCCAUCCUCCUCCUCCGGCCGUCUCGCAGGAACCUGGGACAACUGCCCCCAGUGUUUUGGAGCUAUCUGUUGGAAACCAUGAAGCUUCUCAGGAAAUACCAGAAUAUACAAGACAUUGCAGGGAGCUCCAUCCCAGUCAGAUCUCUCCUGAAGUACAGGCCCCUUUACCCACAGAGACUGGAAUCCUCAAAAAGUCCAGAGCACAACCACCAGAAGAGAAUAAAAGGAAACCAGUUUUGGGAAAACUUGGAAAUCUGUUCACUGCUGGGAGAAAACGGAAUACCAGGAAUGGAUCAGAGGGUUCCACAAACUCAGUUCCUAAAUUAGUUUCUCCUUCUAAGCUGUCAGAAAGAGAGAAGGAAAAAAGUAAAUCUGGCACUCAACCAAGAAAUACAGAUGGUUCUGUGGCCAGCUCACCUACAGAAAAAACACAUGAACCAGAGAACGACCAUGCAGAGUGCCAGGGCCAAACAACCUCUCUUGACGCUGAGCUGUCAUCUUGCUUGAGCAACAGUGAAACAGUGGCUGUACAACUCUGUGAUGAAAGUGAUUCAUCCAAAUUAGAACCUUCAGAGCAAGAAAGAGACACUUUCCCAGAUCCCACAGCUGUUGCCAAGGACCUGCCCUCCAAGCCAGAAUAUUCCUCUAGGCAAGAGAACUCAGAGAUCCUUGCUCCCAGUUUGGAGAAACUUUCAGGCAGUAGUCACUCAACCGAGGAGGAUAAAAGGUGUCUAACCAAUGGCUCUCUGGAAGAGUCAAAUAGCCAUCCACCUGAAAACUCGUUCAUCUUAACCAGCUUACCAAAAGAGCUGGGUGGAAAUUGUCUAAGUAACUUGCAGAUUGAGAGCACAGACAGUAAGCCUGAGUUCUCCUAUGCAAAAUCAAAGGCUGUGCCAUGCGCUCCAGAUUCCAAAGUCAACGAGCGCACACACCCAGCUAAAGUUUUAACUUUGGAUAUCUAUCUGAGGAAAACUGAGGAGGUGUCCUCCGUGGAUGAACCAGUGGUCGUGUCUCUUGCGGAAGGAGAUUGCAGUGAUCCCGAGGAGAUGGAAAAGCGAUCUAAUGGCAGAAGGUCAGGGAGGAGGAGAAAAUCUCAGAAAUCAACUGACGCACCCAACGGAGAUAAAGUUCCGGUUGAGACUGUUACAGGCGAAGACUCCGUAUUUGCUGAGGAUGCAGCACCCGCUGUGGUAGCAGAAAAAGUCUCUGGGGAGAAGAAAGUAAAAUCGCCCCAGGCAGCAACUGCAGCAGCAGCAGCUGCUGCUGUACCUGAAAGGAACGCUUUGGGACCUGGCAACCCGGACUCCAAGGCUGGAGCUGCGCACCAGAAAGGACACCCGAGAGGGGACUCGGACAAAAGCAGGCAGCCCCAGCUCCCCACCACUUCCCCGACCAAAAGGAAGGGCAAAAGCCGCCUGCCCGAAGCUGGCCCCCUCUCCCCUCCCGGAGGCUCCAAGAAUCUAGGCAAAGAUUCUCCUCCCAAAAAGCAGUCUGGGGCGGCCCCCGACGGGAAUUCCGUUUGUGCACCUAAAGCAGCCGCAGCGGAAAAGUCAUCGGCUGCAGGGGAGAAGUCAGCGGCAGAUGUUGGACGGGGAAGUGAGAACGGGGAGGAAGGGGCAGCGGCUGCCAAGGUUAUACCUCGGGAGCUCACAGUGAAGAGCAGCACAUUGCUGCCCGAAAUCCGCCCUGAACACAAGAGAAGCUCUUUUCUUAACCACUUGGAUGGCAGAGCAGAGGGGGGCAGAAACAGAGGAGAGCUAGCGAGACUUCCAGCCAGCUCUGACCCUGACAACUGCAAACACAGAAACCACUUGGGUGCUGCCCGAGCAACAGUAACCACCAAAAUUAAUCUCCCAGCCAAGCCCAAACAUGUGGAGCUGAAUUUCAAAGCCCCUAAGAAUCUUGAGAGCUUGGGAAAUGAUCAUAAUCCAUUUAACCAGCCAGUUCACAAAGGAAAUACCGCCAACAAGAUUUCCUUAUUUGAAAAUAAACGUACUAAUAAUAGCCCAAGACACACAGACAACCGGGCCGUGAAGAGCGUACCACCUUCAAAGACCUUUGUUGGUAGGGCAAAGCUCAAUUUAGGGAAAAAAUCCAAGGAAAGUGAGCAACCUGAAAAGAAAGGAAACAUGCAAAGUAGUCACCCAAAUGAGGGCUUGUUGAAAGACGCCUCCGCAGAAGAGAAGAAUAUUCCGUCAGAAGCACAUAUUUUGCCAGCGACUGCAAAUAAUGCGGAGACUGUUGAUUGUCAACUGGGCCAAACUGAAAAAGCAGAUGUUCAAAGAGACACCACCUGUCCUUCGGAACAAGCAGAUGCUGCUCAGGUUCCAGCUAAGGACCUGGAAAUCCUUGGAGAAAACAAUUUGAAGACUGUCAACAGUACAGCACUUGUGUUAGAAAGCAAGAUUGACCUUGAUCAGGAUAAUAAAGAUUCAGCUCAAACAGUCCCAUUAAAGCCUCAUGCAGAUGUUCUUGACUCACAUCCUAUAGUGGAGAUUUCUAAUGGUCCUUCUAUCCAGCAGCCACCAUCUGUUUCCAUGGCAGCUAGUGGAAAUGCCUCUGUCCAUUAUGAUGGGGAUACAUCCCCAGCUCAUAACAGUCCUGGCACUGAUGUGAAAGAACUGUCCCAGCCAUCGUUGGCAUCGGUAGGUCAAAUUGAGUGUGACUUGCCAGUCUCGUGUGAAAAGGAUAACAAAAUGACCCCAUCUGAACUUGGAAGAGAAGACAAAGUUGCUGUGUCUACAGAGCAGGAUUUAUUAAACACAGAAACCUGUAAAAAUAAACUGCCUUCCACAGUCCUCGUUCAGGUUAGGUCUUAUAUGCUACCCGUGGAAACCGCUCAGGGUCGAGCCCCCCAAAUCAUUUUAGGUAGCUCAGAGGUUGAAGAAGUUCGACUGACAAGUUAUUAUAAUAAUGAAAAUGAAGUAGAUUCUUCUCACAGUUGCACUUCUGUAAAAGAUGGGGUGCCAGAGUCUAAGACCACCUCCCCAAAAGUUGUGGAAUGCAGAGGAGAACUCACAGAAAAAUCUGGCCUGCACUCUGAGCCACUGGAUUUAGAGAAGACUAUGACAAUCCAGGCACCAAAUGAUGACAGCAAAAUAGUCCUGGGAACCAAGUCAAGUCCUGCCAGCUCCCACUGUAGCAAAGGCAAUUUAGAACUUUUACCAAGACCAAGUCAAAUCAUUGAAGGUGUUGAGGGCAGUCCUGCUACUGUUCUGAAUGUUUCUGCUGGGAGUGAUGACAGUGCUUUUGAUUCUUCUUCCGAUAUGGAAAAAUUUACAGAAAUCAUCAAAAAGAUGGACAGCUCAAUUUGUGUGCCCCAGAAGAAAAAGAAGGGCAGGGUACCAAACUCUCCUGCUCCCCACUUUGCCAUGCCCCCUAUUCAUGAAGACAAUUUAGAAAAAGUGCUUGAUCCCAAUGUAUUUACUUUUGGGUUGGGGAAAAAAAAAGAAAACCAAGACAUGUCCCCUGGCUUACAUCUCCUCCAAGGUCUAGAUACAAAAUCUAAAUUGAGACCUAAGCGUACCUCCGCGGAACAGAGUAUGCUCUUCAAGUCUGUGAGCACUCCUAGCAAAAAUGAAGUCAUGGAAUGUUCAGAAACAAAUGGAAAGGAGAAUAGGGAUGUCAUAAAUGGUGGAAUUAAAAGAUCUAGGCUAGAAAAGAGUGCUCUUUUCUCUAGCAUGUUAUCCUCUUCCACUGUACCCCCAGAGAAAGUCUUUUCGCCAUCAGUGACAUCAGUCAACACAAUGACCACAUCUUUUGGCACCUGUCAGAACAGUUCUCUCUUGCCAAAGUCAGCUGCAUCAAAGACUGGUUCUGAUGGGGUAUCAGGCCUUCCCACUCAGCCCACUGUUUCAGAAAAUGAGCUCCCCAAACCUCCAUCUACCAACUCCUCAAAGAUCUUUAACUUUGACUCAUCAAGUCAAUCACUUUCAGGUUUAAGAAGUCCAAACUAUGUGGAAAAAUACUUGCAAACAGGUGAAACCAAGAAAGAUCCAGAUGCACAAAGCAACCUGACAUUACCAGAAACUAGACUUUCUGAAUUUUCCAUGCUUAAGAACAAUAAUGGUAUUGAAAAACCUAAUCCAUUUGAAAGUGCUCUUAAACUACAGAUGCCAAACUAUGGAAGUAAUAAUGCGGAUUUCAUGAGCUAUUUAAAACCUAGCCUAUAUGAACCCAGUAUUUCUCUAGCUGGAAUGUCACUGUCAGAUACCCCGAUAUUUAAAGCAAGUAUGCAAAAUAAAAUCAAUCCUCGACCUGGAAAGGUGGUGAUAUAUAGUGAACCCACUUUCUGUGGGAAUUGCUUUGAAGUGUUCAGUGACAUUCCUGAUUGCACCUCUUGGAGCCUGUCACCAGUGAUUGUUGUAAAAGUAGUUCGAGGAUGCUGGAUUUUGUAUGAGAAACCAAAUUUUGAAGGGAACUCAGUUCCUCUUGAAGAGGGAGAAUUGGAGCUAUGUGAUCCCUGGGGAGUAGAAGAUAUUUUGGCAGAAAGUGAGGAGAGCAAAUCUGCUAAACCCUUGGUGAUUGGUUCAAUUAGACAUGUGAUUAAGGAUUACAGAAUUAGUCAAAUUGACUUGUAUACUGAACCAGAAGGGUUGGGACUUGUAAAUUCUUACUUUGAUGACACUGAAGAAAUGCAGAUGUAUGGCGUGAUGCAGAAAACGUGUUCUAUUAAAGUGCAUUGGGGCACAUGGCUGGUUUAUGAAGAACCUGGUUUUCAGGGUAUUCCUUUUGUCCUUGAGCCUGGUGAAUAUCCUGAUUUAUCCUUCUGGGACACAGAAGAAGCGUACAUUGGAUCAAUGAGGCCCCUGAAAAUGGGUGGUCGCAAAGUUGAAUUCCCUGCAGAUCCAAAGGUUAUUAUUUAUGAAAAGCCUUUUUUUGAAGGAAAAUGUAUGGAACUAGAAACAGAUAUGAGUGAUUUCAUCAUAGAAGGAGAUGAAACGGAAGAAGCUGGUGAAGAUAAUUUGCUAUUGAAAUCAGUAGGGUCUAUAAAAGUUCUAGGAGGCAUUUGGGUUGCUUUUGAGAAACCAGGAUUUACAGGACAUCAAUAUUUGCUUGAAGAAGGUGAAUACAAGGAAUGGCAAGAUUGGGGUGGCUAUGAUGGAGAACUGAAGUCUUUAAGGCCUAUAUUAGGUGAUUUUUCAAAUGCUCACAUGAUAAUGUAUAGUGAAAGAAACUUUGGAACCAAAGGUUCGAAUAUUGAUGUAUUAGGAAUUGUUGCAAAUUUAAAGGAUACUGGCUAUGGAGUGAAGACACAGUCUAUUAAUGUAUUAAAUGGAGUAUGGGUGGCCUAUGAAAAUCCGGACUUCACAGGAGAGCAAUAUAUACUUGAUAAAGGAUUGUAUACUAGCUUUGAGGACUGGGGAGGCAAGAAUUGUAAGAUCUCUUCAGUUCAACCUAUAUGUUUGGAUACCUUCACUAGCCCAAAGGAAAGAAAUAAAGUUCACUUAUUCUCAGAACCAGAAUUCCGUGGUAGCAGUAAAGUUUUUGAAGAUACUACUAAUCAAAUUGAAGAUUCCUUUUCUGCAAAGUCUUGCAGAGUUUUGGGAGGCAGCUGGGUUGCUUAUGAUGGGGAAAAUUUCUCUGGUAAUCAGUAUGUAUUAGAAGAAGGACAUUAUCCUUGUCUGUCUGCAAUGGGAUGUCCUCCUGAAACUAAUUUUAAGUCUCUUCGCUUUAUAGAUGUGGAAUUUUCAGAACCAACGAUAGUUCUUUUUGAAAGAGAAGACUUCAAAGGAAAAAAAAUUGAACUUAACGAAGAAGUGGUAAACCUUCGGUCCCUGGGAUUUAAUACUCAAAUACGCUCCAUCCAGGUUAUUGGCGGCAUAUGGGUCACUUAUGAAUACAGCAAUUAUAGGGGACGGCAGAUCUUGCUGUCACCUGCAGAUGUACCUAAUUGGUAUGAAUUCAGUGGCUGCCGUCAGAUAGGUUCUCUCAGACCUUUUUUUCAGAAACGGAUCUACUUUAGGCUUCGAAAUAAAGCCACAGGUUUAUUCAUGUCAACCAAUGGAAACCUAGAGGAUCUGAAGCUUCUCAGGAUACAAGUGAUGGAGGAUGUGGGAGCGGACGAUCAGAUAUGGAUUUACCAAGAAGGGUGCAUCAAAUGCAGGAUCGCAGAGGAUUGCUGCUUGACCAUUGUUGGAAGUCUUGUAACCUCGGGUUCCAAACUGGGCCUGGCGCUGGACCAGAAUGAAGACAGUCAGUUCUGGAGUAUUAAGUCUGAUGGCCGAAUCUAUAGCAAGUUGAAGCCAAACUUAGUUUUAGAUAUCAAAGGGGGUGCACAAUAUGACCAAAAACACAUCAUUCUCAACACUGCCAACCAAGAGAAGUUGACACAGGUUUGGGAGGCCUUGAUCUUGUAAUCCUGGACAAAGAAUGCAAAAGAUAUUCAGGAGCUACAGCUAGAAACUUAAGUACAUGGAACAUUCAAUUUGAAUUCCCAAAAACCAGCAUUCAGCAUUGAAGCAUGUCAUGCCUGGGAAAUUUAUUCCUUCUUUUCAGGACAAAGUUUGCAUUUAUGCUACAGCUUGUCACUGAGUUUUGGCAAUUCUGAUUCUGUCCCUUUCCCUAUUAUUUUUUUUAAGGAACGGCUUAACAAGAGUGCCUUAUUAGCAGAUGUUUUGUGUUAUUGGAGAGUUGUUAAUAUCGAAUCUGUCUGUUUUAAAUUAUUCCCUAAAAUGUCUUGACAGAAAAGAAUGUAAACAUAGUAACCAAUCAAAACAUUCUGGACCCAUAAAAGAAGUUGAACUGUACCAAGGUGGGAAACAGUGGAAGCUGAAAUUUGCAAUAUAAAGGAUAGAUCAUUCACUAGCUGAAAAGUUCCAGUUCCGUACCUGGCAUACAGAAGGCAGCUUCAUGAUGUUUGCUGAAUUGUUGAAAAGAAAUGUAAAUAAUUUAUUAGGACCAUGACUGUGGUCCCCAAGAUUUUUGGGUUGUUAUUCCUUAAUUAUGCCACACCAGGCACUUCUAGGGACUUUCAACCAAAGCCGGGGUCGAACACAAAGCCUUAAGUCAUGUAUAUGCAUGAUGUAAGAAGUCGUUUAAGUCCAGUCAAAAUGUUUUUUCUUCAGGCAACUUUUUAAAAUGGCAGCAUCCUUGGGGUACUAGCUAGUCUUUGCAUAGCUGUGCCACUGGCCCAGUAAGUAUUCCUUGGCCAUUAUACCUAUCACUAUAAUGGUGUGUGGCUCUAAACAGUUCUGAGUGAACAUUGCCCAAAAGCUUUUUUUGGGAAGAGGGAUGGUUCCAUGCAGCACAGUAACGUGGCCUUUUCUUACAAGCUUAGAAAUGUUUUCAUUUGUUUACUCAUCUUUGUGUAAUAAUGUGAGCUUCCAGGAGAAUGGGCUCCAUUUCCAGUCCUGUUAGUUGGCUGUGCUUACUUCUUUUGUGAAAGCACAUUGGGCCCUGCGCCCUCAUUAUCUCCCUAGCUCCAGAGAAAUGGAUAGAUAGACCUAGUACUUGGGUGAGCAGACACCCCCUGUGUCAAGGCAUCUUUGGGGUUGGGUGCCCAAAGUGAGGCAGUGGAGCACGUGCAACAAUUGGUUUUCAGAUAAGUUGGCCAAACUGCAGUUACCUCCCUUCCUGCAAACAUUAACCAGAUCCUAAAAUUCUGUAUGAUAGGUAACUUCGUAUAUGAAAGGUGAAGUAAAUAAAAACUGCUUAAAAUAC